UACAACGGACUAAUGUUUAAAUAACUCUUAAUGUCCUAUAAAAAGCGCGAUGGCAGCUUCAAUGCGUUCGCAGUGUUCACGCGUGUUACAGUUGCUACUGCCUGGAAACUGCGAUCGAGUAGCCUGAAGAGUCAGAAUGAAAACCAUCGUGAUAAUUUUAAGCGCGCUAAUCGCAGUAAACGUGGUUUACUGCGAUUUGAGUGAUGUACGAAGAUUCAGAAAGGACUAUGAAACAUGCGCUCGCAUGUACGGUGUAGCCACUCAUGAGCUCCGAAUCGACAUGAUCAUUUGCGCGUCGACCUUAGAUGGCGAGAUUCUGUACUCAAAUCUCGCAUACAGUCCGGAAGCAUUUUUAAGGAAACUUCAAGAAUGGAUUUCCGACCCGGUUAAGUUGCAACAAGCGAAUGAAAUAUUUUUCAGAUGCGAUAAAGAAGCGGUCCAAUCAGGAACCGUCAACAUUACGAAGACAAUACAAUUUCUAAGAUGCGCUUUGCCAAUUUGGAUACUUGUGGAUAAAUAAUACGUACUUUCAGUAAUGCGUAAAAAUGAAAGACAGAUUACUUCCAGAAGAAUGUUCUACAUAAAACGUUCUUUUAUGUAUAUUCUAUUGAAUUUUCAAUAUACCUUCUCUUUUCCGACUUCUCUAUUAAAUUGUAUCAACGCGUAUUAACUAUUCAAUAAAAUAUAAUAAACUUGACAAA